AAGAGCCACUAACCGCACUCACCAAAAGAGUGAUAACAGUUCAGCAGAAGAAGACAAUCUUAGGUGAUCACAUGCCCUGACUUGCUGUUUCACCUUUCCGGAUGAUUGCGCAGAUGUCUGUGGCUGCUUUCCGAUUGAUCCACUGUAGGAGGUUGGGCACCGCCGGUCCAGGCGUGAAGAAAGUACUGCCUUGGAAGGAUUUUCGAAAAAUAGCGAAGGUGACUGGAGCAGUUGUAUUAGGCGGAUGUGUUUUCAUCACUUAUGAGGUAGUCAGUCUGAACAAUGCCAUAACUAUUGAUACCAAGGCCAUUCUUCAAGAGAAGCACAAGUCUUACAUCUACCUAAGCCCCACCACUUCCAAAGAACAGGAGACCCUUGGACUCACACACAAGGCCAGGAAAGAGCUUCAUAAAGCAGUUAGGAAGUUUCUAGAACUUUCAUCAAGGGUUCUGCUUAGGCCACUGGACGAGCACUUGAGUCAUUUAGAUGCUGACCCUCAUGAAUGUGCGCUUUGGGUGCUGCUGAAGAGAACACGCUCAGCCGACCGGGCCGUUCGACUCCAGGCGGUACAGGACCUGGCCCAAAACCAGCACUGGCACGAUUAUCAGUACCAGACAGCAGCUCAGGCUGUAGACCAGCGCACUGCUGUGGGACUGGCCCGCAUACCUCACGUGGACCUACGGUUCUUCCUCUCUCCUCCAAUACUGCCAGAGGUUGAAGAUGGGUUCUCUAUAGAAGAUGGCUUGAGGCAACUUCUCGCCACUUUGCCCCAGUCAGAUGUGGAUCAGUGUGUGCAAUAUUUUACCUCCCUAGCACUGAGAGAAAGCAGCCAAUCCCUGGCAGCGCAGAGAGGGGGGUUGUGGUGUUUUGGGGGGAAUGGAUUACCCUAUGCCCAGAGCCUUACCUCUAUUCCUUCUGAGAAGGUCGAGUCUUUCUGCGUCCAAGCUCUGGUCCAACACUCAAAGGUCCCUUGUCACUGUGAUCACAUAGUGGCAAAUGGAGGACUGCAGCUCCUGCAGAGGGUCUACCAGCUCCGCAAAGAUUCCCAGAAGAUCCAGAGGAACAUCGUGCGCAUCAUCGGGAACCUUGCUCUGAAUGACAACUUGCACACGGCAAUAGUACAGUCAGGUUGGGUGUCUGUCUUGGCGGAGAUGGUGCAGUCGCCACACAUCAUGCAAGGCUCACACGCAGCCCGCGCUUUGGCCAACCUGGAUCGAGAGGCUGUGUCGGAAAAGUACAAAGAUGGAGUUUACAUUCUGCACCCGCAAUGUCGCGCCAGCCAGCCAAUAAAAGCUGACGUGCUGUUUGUUCAUGGUCUGUUGGGAGCGGCGUUUAAGACGUGGAGGCAGAAGGACUCUGACAUGACGGAGGAUGAGAAAGCUGCAGGAAGUAAGGAGGAUUACACUGAGUGCUGGCCUAAGUCGUGGUUGGCUGCGGACUGUCCUAGCCUUAGAAUUCUGUCAGUGGAGUAUGAUACCCAUUUGAGUGACUGGAGGUCCAAGUGUCCAGUGGAAAACCAGAGGAAGUCUUUGGCUUACAGAAGCCGAGAGCUGCUGAACAAACUGAAGGCUGCAGGGGUAGGAGACAGACCUGUCGUCUGGGUGGCCCAUAGCAUGGGAGGUUUGCUGGUUAAAAAGAUGCUCUUAGAUGCCUCGAAUGAUCCAGAUCUAAGGUCCCUGAUCAAAAACACAAAGGGCAUCUUAUUCUACAGCGUACCUCACCGUGGCACCUCGAUGGCUGAGUACUCCGUCAACGUCAGAUACCUCCUCUUUCCCUCCAUAGAAGUGAGAGAGCUGUGUCGAGACUCACCGGCAUUGCGAGACUUGAAUGAGAACUUCUUGAACAUCGCUAAAGACCAGAAGUUCAAGGUUCUGAGCUUUGCAGAAAUGUUACCAACCACUAUUGGCCCGAUGAUGAAAAUAUUAGUGGUACCAUCUCACUCUGCAGACCUAGGUAUAGGAGACCUUAUCCAGGUGGAUGUUGAUCAUCUCAACAUCUGCAAACCAGAAAAAAAGGAUUCAUUUCUGUACAAGAGCAGUUUACAGUUUAUUCGGGAUGCACUUGGAGGAGACAUAACCAGCUGA